UUUUCAUUUCAGCCCAAAAUCUCAUUCCUCACCAUUUUCCUCCAACCCUCUCCAUCUUUGGCCUCUCUCUCAGCCAAUACAGUUUUUUUUUUGGCCAAAUCUGACCAUCGGUGCCGUCCAACCCAUCGUCGGAGCACACCCUCCAAGCCGUCGAGUUGGCUAUGGAGUCCUUCGAUAAGCGGCGGAAGACCACCGAUUUUGUAUAAAAAGUUCAAUCCUUUAGAAUAUGGCGAUUGAUAAAAGUUGGAUAACAAAAAAUCGUUGUGAUGAUGCUUAUUGGGAAGGUGUUCAAGUCUUUAUUGAAUUUGCAUCAAAACAUACAGACUCUAGUGGAAAAAUUUUAUGUCCAUGCGUGAGAUGUCGAAAUACGAGACGACAUAAACUAUUAACCGUGGAGACACAUAUUUUUGACAAGGGCUUUGAAAGUAGUUAUCAAAAGUGGAUUUGGCACGGGGAAAUAGAUGGACCUCUUGUCAACGGUAUUCACGAGGACAAUGAAGGUGCCCACCCGCCUAGUGAAUUGACUUCAGAGCAAUGGCUUCCUAUUUGUCAAUUUUUCACUAGUUCGGAGUUUAUUGUUCGUUCUAAAAUAAAUGCAGAAAAUAGAAAAAAGAUGCAGUACCCUACAACACAAGGAACGAAAUCUAUGGCUGAGAGGCGUUAUGAAAAAAAGAAUAAGAGUAAUUUUAUUGAGACUUGGAAGGAAGUUCACACCAAGAAAUCGUCAAAUACAUUUGUUAAUCAAUUGGCUGCACAGAAAUAUGGUGAGCUCGUUUCAGCUUAUAUAAAACGAGCCAAUACUCCUUACGCUAGAGCUGCUGAUGAGAUUGAAAUGAGUGUACUUAGUGAAGUACUUGGUGAAAGGCGUGGUCAUAAUCGUGGAGUGGGGAAAAAAUUGAAGGGGCAAUCUUCGUCGCGGAACACACAACCUACUCUGACUCAAGAUAUGCCUAUGGAUCCAAGAGUGGAGCAAAAAUUUGAAAAAUUGACUAGACUUAUGUUGUGGAUGUCUCAAAGGUUAGGACCUGAUGUUCGUCUACCUACUGAUGAGGAGCUGUUCGGAAUGGCAAUGCCUCAAAUGUCUGGAGGAGGGUCUGCUUCAUCUUCACAGCCUGGGACUUCGCAAUAUCACCAAGCCCAACAGUUGCCUCCUUUUAUGUAUCCUUUGUCAUCACCUCCGCAAAUAUUCCCUUUUCCUUGGAUGUCAUCGCCGAUGUCGCAAAUGCAAGUGAUGAACAUGCAGCGAACACCGCAAACACAACAGAUGCAAAAACAUCCACCACAAAUGCAACAGACAUCACAACUGCAACAACAUCCACCACAAAUGCAACAAAGGCCAUCGAUGCAGCAGACAUCACAAAUGCAGCAACCUUCCAUGCAACAGAUGACAUCGAUGCAGAAGACUCCACAAAUGCAGCAAGCUUCCAUGCAACAUAUGUCAUCGAUGCAGCAAACACCAGAGAUGCACCAACCUUCCAUGAAGACACCACAUAUGCAACUAUCUUCCAUGCAACACACACCACAUGUUCAGCAGAUACAGCAGAUGACACAUAUGCAUCAAAUGUCACAUUUGCAGCAGAUGCCUUCAAUGCAGCAGACACCGCAUACGCCUUCGAUGCCAUUGACGCAGCAUAUGGCACCAACGUCUCAGAUGCAACCAUUGUCAUCGAUGCAGCAGAUGUCUCACAUACAACAACCAAACUAUCCGCAAAUACCAGAAGUAUCACAGUAGCCUUACUAUCCCCAAAUGUUGAAUAUUCCAUAACAACAGUCUGGAGAGAAUGAUGAUAAUGACGAUUAGGAGUCUACAAAAUUAGUAUUAUAGUAUCAUUAUUUGUAAUGGUAUGAAUAUGAUGUUAUAAGUAUUGUUUAUUUGAAUGUUUUUUUUAGUUAUUGUUAUUUUAAUACUUUUAUUGUAGUUUGAAUUUUAAUUUAUGAGAUAGAAAACACUUUUAU